UUAUUUCAUUUCUUUGCCUAUUACAGUGCCAGUUAUUACUUUGUACUAUUUUUUAAUUUAGAUUUUUCAAACUUUACAUUACGCAUGUUAAACAUUUUCAUUUAGCCAGCGCAGUCUCAUAAAUUUGUGAACUAACCGAACAUUAUUUCGAAAAUGGAUAGGUGCUUAUUUGGUCUUGAUGUGGAUUGCAUAGAAGAUAUGUUACCUGCUCUUUUUGCAAUAGUAAGGAACUACAUCCCUUACAUAACCUUGCCUAUCUCCAUUGCUAUAGGAGUAAUUGGAUAUAAUAUUGAGGGAUUGUUAUCAGAUAAAUAUACACCUACUAAAAAAGUCAGCGUAGAAGAAGAGAGACUUGAAAGACAGCUAAAAGAAAUGGAAGAUAAACCAGCUGUUGAUAGCUUGAAAUCAAAGAAAUUUGUACCUAAAACUGUAUUUGAAAAAAACAUACCUCCAUAAUUAUUAGUUCAGUGAAAUACUCUAAAAUUUGAACUAUCAUCUUUUAAUCUCACUCUUUGAAAUGGAUUAAUUUGUGAUAUUCUAAAAAUUUUCAUGUCUUACAUUUUCAUGUUCCUUUCAUAAGACUCCUCAGACAUACAUUAACUGGAUUAAUGACUGCAGAUUUUGUUUUCUCAACUAAAUUAUCAUGCCUGUAUUUCAAAUUAUUGCUACAAUGUUAUGCUUAGUUAUUAUCAAAAAUAAGGAAUAAAGAAUAUAAUUUACAUAAA